ACAGAAAUUCACUUAAACGUGGCAACGUCGCAUGAAGGCAAAAUAGUUUUAAAAAACAAGGCUAAAGAAGUAGAAAGUUACCAGGAAUCAGAAAAUUUUUAAUUUAUGGUUUAAUGUAUGCUAAAAACCUGUUGACAAACGAUUUAUGAAAGUAAAAUAUCUUAUGCCUGUGAACACCUCCGCCGUUACAACUAGUUGAACCCGUUUUGCUUUUGGUGGAAAAACUACAUAUGGCGUUUUCGUCAGUUUCUGACGAACUUGUAGAAGAGUUCAAUCCCAAAAAAGAAGAAAAAGAAGGAAGUAUUCUUGAAGUUGGUGAUCAAGCUGUUUGGUCCCUUUCAUCAUGCAAAGCUGGCUUUGGAAUUGAUCAACUAAGAGAUGACAGCACUGACACAUACUGGCAAUCUGAUGGUCAAUUACCACAUUUGGUCAACAUUCAAUUUAGAAAGAAAACCACCAUUCAAAACAUCUGGAUAUUUGCAGACUAUAAGGCAGAUGAGAGUUACACUCCAAGUCGAAUAUCCAUAAGGGCUGGAACAGGUUUCAGUGAUUUGCAAGAAGUAGAAGUAGUAGAACUAAAUGAGCCAAAUGGUUGGAUAGCAAUCCCACUAAAGGAUGCCCAAGACAAGUAUGUAUAUUUUUCUGACUUGGAAGAAAAGAUCUGCACACCUGACCAGCUCCGUCCUAAGCCUGACAAUUCAGCUCUAGUCUUUGGAAAGUACUUCACUGACCACAUGCUUGAAGUAUCAUGGGAUUCUAAAAGAGGUUGGGCUAAACCAGUUAUUUCACCUAUGCAUAACCUUCAACUUCAUCCUGGAGCCAAAGUACUGCAUUAUGCAAUUGAGUUGUUUGAAGGAAUGAAGGCCUAUCGUGGAGAAGAUGGUUGCUUACGUUUAUUCCGUCCAGACAAAAAUAUGGCUCGCAUGCUGUCCACAGCAAAAAGAUCAUCACUUCCUACAUUUGAUGCUGAAGAGAUGAUCAAGUGUGUUAAACGAUUAAUUCAAAUUGACAAGGAAUGGGUUCCCUACUCAACUACCUCUAGCCUUUAUAUAAGACCUACAUUUAUUGCAACAGAUCCAUCCUUGGGAGUAGCGAGUCCGAAUGAAGCCUUACUUUAUGUACUUCUGUGUCCUGUGGGACCCUACUUUACCUCAGGCUUCAAGCCCAUUUCACUGAUGGCAGACCCCCAAUACGUACGAUCUUGGCCGGGAGGUUGUGGUGCCAUGAAAAUGGGUGCCAAUUAUGCUCCAACUAUCUACAUCCAAAAACAAUCUGAAUUGCUGGGGCAUCAGCAAGUUCUCUGGCUGUAUGGGGCAGACCAUCAGUUGACCGAGGUGGGAACAAUGAACAUAUUUUUAUUCAUGUUGAAUGAAAAUGGAGAACGUGAACUUGUUACACCACCUCUUGACGGACUAAUCUUGCCCGGAGUUACGCGUCUUAGUUUGCUUGAACUAGCUCGUGAGUGGAAGGAAUUCCGAGUAGUUGAACGAACUAUUACAAUGGCUGAAGUAAUACAGGCGCACGAAGAAAAAAGACUUCUGGAAAUUUUUGGAGCUGGAACAGCAUGUGUUGUCUGUCCGGUAUCAAGUAUUUCAUAUCAAGGUCGGGAGUAUAACAUACCACGAUCUGAGCCUUCCCUCAGCCAGCGAUUCUUGAAAACAAUGAGUGAUAUCCACUACGGGCGAGUGCAACAUCCUUGGGCCGUAGAUAUCUAGAAAUACUUCUGCAAUAUCUCAAUUUUGAAUUCGAUUGUGGGAUGUUAUAAAGGCUACCAAUAUUAUCUUUUCGAGUUGGCCAUUGAGUACGUUAAAUUAGAGCUUUUUUUAGAAGAUCUAUAUUUGACACUUAUGUUGACGUUGCCCAAGGUUAUAUUCGUGUUCAAAAGUCGCCUGACCUAGUGAAAUUGCAAUCCAGUACAAUGUUUCCUAAACAUUUAUUGCCUUUGAUGUAUAUCUGCCACAUGCGGUGACUCUUAAUGAACGUAGACGAAGUUUUGAUUUAUAUCGUUUUGUGUGCAUCAUUUUCAUUCACUGACAUAAACGGACGUCAGGCUGUCUCGUCUAAUGUUGGAUUUGUAAUCGUUGGAAGUACUGUAGUGUGUAUUCGUAUUCUGGCCAACUCUAGUCAGACGUCAUUUGACGAUUUGUAAAUCUUUCCCAAAGAAAAACGCAGGCGCUCGUACAUCUCUAGAAGAAGAUGCUGAAGUACGCGAUUGUUAAACUUGAACUAUGUCCUGGUGAGAAUCUUUUAUCCGUGAAAUAAACGUGAGUUAGGUGUA